AAAAACUAGGAUGGACUUGUAACACCACAUUUUUAGCGAAUAGUAUUUAAGUGAAAGUUUAAAUAAUUAUCCACAUCUAAUGCAAUAAAAAAUUGAUUUGAUAUUUAUUAUAUAAUUCUGUAUUUAUUAUUUUAAUAAUUUUAUAGUUGUGCUAAUAACGAUUUAAAAUGGCUUUAAAUGUAAUUUUAAGAAAUACGCUACCUCUAGGAAGAUGUGUGAGUGCGAAUUUAGUCAGAAAUAGUUCAAGGCAAUUUUGUAUGGGACAACCAGCAUUAAAUAAAAAAGAAAUAGAAAUUACGUUUGUCAAAGCAAAUGGAACUAAAAUAAAAACAAAAGCUAAAGUUGGUGAAAAUAUUUUGGACGUUGUCAUUAAUAAUCACAUAGAUAUAGAUGGUUUUGGUGCUUGUGAAGGCACUUUAACUUGUUCGACUUGCCACCUUAUUUUUAAACAAGAAAACUUUGAUAGUUUGCCCCCAGCAACAGACGAAGAAUUAGAUAUGCUCGACUUAGCCUACGAUUUAACAGACACCUCUAGAUUAGGUUGUCAGGUCUAUUUAGAUGAAAAAUGUGAUGGAAUGGAACUCAAAGUGCCAGCAACUGUACAUGAUGCAAGGACAAAUUAAUAUAACUAGUUUUAUAUGUGUACUGUAAUUUUAUGCAUAAUAUUUGUUUUUGUAUCAUAUUAGUUUAUUAUUAAAAGCUUAAUAUCAAUUGGAAAAA